AUGGAGGAGAAUGCUUCAGGACAGAAGGUUUACCUCCAGCCGUGUGGCAGGGGGGAGAGUCAGAGGCCUUGGACCGACUCAACAAACAUCUUGACAAAAAGUCCUACUGGCCUCAGCCCCUACCUGCGCUUUGGCUGUCUGUCCUGUAGGGUUUUGUACUACAACCUCAGGGAGCUCUACAUGAAGCUUCGUAAGCGUUGCAGUCCUCCUCUGUCCCUGUUCGGCCAGCUGUUAUGGAGGGAGUUCUUCUACACAGCUGCUACCAACAACCCAAACUUUGACCGCAUGGAGGGAAACCCCAUCUGUGUCCAGAUCCCAUGGGACCAGAACCCAGAGGCACUGGCCAAGUGGGCUGAGGGUCAGACUGGUUUUCCCUGGAUUGACGCCAUCAUGACUCAGCUCAGACAGGAGGGCUGGAUCCACCACCUGGCCCGACAUGCUGUGGCUUGUUUUCUCACCAGGGGAGACCUGUGGAUCAGCUGGGAGAGCGGCAUGAAGGUUUUUGAGGAGCUACUGUUGGAUGCAGACUGGAGUGUAAAUGCUGGAAGCUGGAUGUGGCUGUCCUGCAGUGCCUUCUUCCAGCAGUUUUUCCACUGCUACUGCCCUGUUGGUUUUGGAAGGAGAACUGACCCAUCAGGAGACUACAUCAGGCGUUACAUCCCCAUCUUGAAGGACUAUCCCAACCGGUACAUCUAUGAGCCGUGGAAUGCCCCGGAGUCGGUUCAGAAGGCAGCCAACUGUGUGGUGGGAGUUGAUUACCCAAAACCAAUGAUCAACCACGCAGAGGGCAGCAGGCUCAACAUUGAGAGGAUGAAACAAGUUUACCAGCAACUCUCACAUUACAGAGGACUUAGUCUUCUAGCAUCAGUACCAACGAUCCAAGAGGAGGCGGAGCCACCAAUGACCAAUGAAUCCCAGACCAGCAGUGGCCCUGGUCCUGCUGAUUAUGAAGCAGCUGGCUGCUCUAUAGCUCCUGAUUUGUCCACAGUCUAUGCAUCCUCCACCUUUGCCCCAUACCCAGACCUGGAGGGUGCAGCAAACAGUCACCCAUCCCAGACACCCUGUGGCUCCUCAGGAUCACACAUACCGCCCUCUGUAGCCGCCGCAACGUCUACAUGUGCCUGCCAUCCACUGUCCACAGUGGCUGCUCCCUCCUCAACAUCAACUCUGAGCAGUCUUUCAUUGUCCAAAUCCUCUUCCCCUUCAUGUCCCAUCAUGUCCCCAUCCCCCAGUCCAGCCAUGACAACGACUCAGCCCUCCUCUAUAGGGCAGAGGAGUAAAGGCCUUGCUCGCAAGUUGCGGCGCAACCAGAGGCAGCAAGGGCCACACAGCUGCACUCCAGCAGCCAGGGAGGGAGAGAGGAGAGCAGAGGAGGAGAGAGAGGAAGCAGGAGGGGAGGAGAGGAUGGAGGAGGACGUUGAACAGGAGGAUGAGAGAAUGGAGGAAGGUACUCCUUAAGAGAUUGCUGAACAUCAGCAGUGAUUCUAGGUGGAGAUCAAAAGAACAAUCUUCAAACAUCCUUCCCAGACAACUGGACUCAAGAAGACAGACAAGGAAAAGUGUUGUGGAUAUGCGGACAGCAUUAAUAUAUACAAGCAUGCAUACAACACAAGUGUAAGCAGUACAAAAGCAUUUUAGUCAUAUUUUCUACAUUGGGGAAAUUUUAUUAAAUUACCCAUUUUAACAUUUUUGAACAGAACCAGUCCAGAAUGACUGUAAUGAUUCAAAAAUACUGUUUAUUUUCAGGAAUGGAGGUCAUAAACCCAAACAGUAUUUAAGAUUAAUAGUAAUUAAUCUUCUCUUGUACAGUUACAUCUCUUGACACGCACCGUUAAUAAGGAGCAACAUAAUGUACUGCAACUCUUCCACAACAUAUCCACAUUGAAACCCCUCUCUUCUUGUCCUCUAAAUGUCCUUACCUUAGAAACAAGGUAGUGCAGGAGCAUGAAUGUCACCUGCCUAAACACACUGUCCCAUCCUGCUUACACUACACUUUCUAUGCUCUGUUGUUCUGGGGGGGGAAAAAGCAACUCAAAGUCAUUCAAUGAAGGAGUGCAUUUUUACAUUGUACAGUAGUGAAUUUACAUUACUGAUGAGAGAUUAGUACAGGGGACAACAGAGUCCCAGAAUGAGAGUAUAAACCAGUGUUUUCGGGGUCCUGGCCAGGCCAAAAACUGACUGUUCUUAAUUAGAGGCAUGCAGGAACACUGCUAGAGGUUCAGAGAGAUUUACUAACCUGCAGUGAAAUGCAUUUAAGUUAAUGUGGUUGCUCUCUUCAAUGUACAGGAGUGUGCUCAUUUAUAGUCAGGUGGGAAAAAAGUGAUGGGGAAUGCUCUUGUUAAUGUCUGACUUUUUUUUCAAGCCACUUCUCACCCCAGGGAAAUGGAAAGUCUUUCUGUUUAUUGGCCCUGAUGGCUUUGUUAAUUACAUUCUCCUGAUUUUACAACGUAAAUACAAAAAGAAACACUUCGGAACAUGAUUGAAACUCUACAUGUGAAUAUGUAAAUGCCAGAAUAUUUUGGAAAUGACCUGAUAUUUUUGCUAGCAACAGUGACUGUUAAUUAGUGAAGGGGAUCAUAAUAUUUUAAUGUCCUUCCUAAGCCAUGAAUUCCUUUUCUGUUUUGGAGGUAGACUAAAUUAAGAAAGAAAAUGACACCUUUUAGCAUAAUACAGCAUA